ACUCUUUUGUUCGAUAUUUCGAACAAUAAUAAUGUUAUACAUACCUCAAUUUUCUAUAUAUUUUUGUCUAGGGUAUCUACUACUUUUUUGCAAAAUUUCAAAUGCAGUGAAACAGUCAUGGGAAAUUAAUCAAGAGCUAAUAACAGAAGCAAACAAAGAACAUACUGUAUUUGGUGAUAUGCUCCUCACACCAGCCCAAUUGAUUCGAUAUGAAAAUUCCAAAGAUUCCGAUUUGUCAAUUAGGGGUGUAUCAAUAAAAGGAAGUUCAAUGAAUCGGUGGAGUAACAAUAUCGUUCCAUAUGUGAUCUCACCACAAUACUCUCCUGCACAGAAACAAAUCCUGGUUUCUUCUCUUCGAUACUUCGAACGAGUAUCUUGUUUCAAAUUCGUCGAGCGUACAACACAAAACGAUUACUUGUUCAUUGUUCCACUAGACGGGUGUUAUUCGUAUGUUGGGAAAAUUGGUGGUAGACAGACUUUGUCAUUGGCAGCUGAUUGUAUUGCUGAUUAUAUCAUUUGGCAUGAAAUGAUGCAUGCAAUAGGAUUCGAACAUGAACAUCAGAGACCCGAUAGAGAUUCCUUUAUUCGAGUUGAUUAUGCAAAUGUUAUUCCUGGACAGAUGAUAAACUUUGAUAAACUGAAAACUUCCCAUGUCGAGUACCCUGACAUUUACGAUUUCAAAUCAAUUAUGCAUUAUGAUGGUUACGCAUUUGGAAGAGUUGACACUGCCAGACGUGUUAGAUUAGCAACAAUGACUCCAUUAAAACCCGGUGUAACUUUGGAAGACAAUAUGAAAUUCACUGCUACAGAUAUUGAAAAACUGAAUAGGCUCGGUCAAUGUGGUGCCCGUGGCGGACAGUACAGUAACCAAGGAGUUGUCGCCUCAACUUGCCAAGAUGUUGCAACCGCUGUUAGUUGUGAGGGAAAUAGAAGGCGUGGAAUGUGCAAAAAUCCGUUCUACAAACAAAUGAUGAUCAAGUCUUGCCAGAAAACAUGCAGACUAUGUUCGUACACAAGGAUGAUUGAUGAAGAUGACGAUCUAACUCCAAAUACUACAGUAAAAUCUGUAAAGUGCGAGGACAAACACCCACGAUGUGAUAUUUACUCACACAAUGGUUUCUGCACUCUUCCAUUUUACGAUGAUGUACGAUAUCAGUUAUGUGCUAAAACGUGUAAUUUAUGUUAAAGUUUUCAAUUUAUUUAUGAUUUUCAAAUUAAUUUAUUAUUUGUUUUUUUUUACAUAAAUAUAAAACUUAUA